AAACCAAAAUAUAUAAAAAAAGAUUUGAACCAGAAAAAAUGGGUACAUUUCAAUCACCCGUUUCCCAUUUGCAUCAUCUUCUCUCAAACCCUCAGAAAAUCCAGAAAACCAACUCAAAAAUCCCCUCCCUUCUCACUACCACAACUCCAAGGCGCUUGCUCCUCUUCUCUCUCCCUCUCUGUUCCAGCCUUGUUCUCUCUCCAAAUCAACCCACUUGUGUUUCUGCCAUUUUUGACCCACUUUCUCAGUCUGAGAAAGAUGCUAGUGCCGCUCUCAACCUCAGAGUGUCAGAGGCUUUGCAGUUGUUGGAGAAAGGCAGAGAAUUGCAGGCCCUUGGUGACUUUAAUCAAGCUCUUCACUACUUCACUCUUGUGGCUAAGAAUUACAAAGAGUUUGCAUUCUCAGAGUAUGCAAGAGUAGGAAGAGCACUGGCCUUGUAUGAGGUUGGUGAUAGAGAAGAAGCUAUUGCAGAAAUGGAGGAUGUUUCCAUUGCUUUAAAGGGAUAUCCAGAGGUGCAUGCGGCUCUAGCAGCUGCCCUGUACAUGGACAAGCAUGCCCCAUUACUUGCAGAGAACCAGUUCACUAUUGCAACUCUGCUUGAUCCUCACUACACAGACCUUUCAUAUGUCAAAUAUACAAAACAUUGGCCUCCAAGUUUGGUUAGUUCUCUGCAACACUUCAUCACACUUUCUUAGGAAUAUUUCAUAUAUAUAAUUAUAUAAUUUCUAUAGCUUGUAAAGAUUUUUCUAAAUUUUUUGUUUAAUUUAAAGCAAGAUUGGAAGUCCAGCACAAUUAACUUGAUAUUGUAAAUUCCAA